AUGCGGUCUCCAGCGUUGAAGCAAGCAAGCAACCUGGUUGCAAGGGCACCAUUCGCUCUCGACUCUUGCAGCCCGCCCAAUUGCAGACUUUACCACCGCCCGCGGUUAGGUGGCACGCGCCAAGAAGAGGCCUUGCAGAGUGCUCUUUCAGCAGUCCGCCAUUCAUCCAGCAAUCAGGCCCGUGAGAGGCAACGAGCAGAAGACAGAGACUUUAUUGUAUCUGUCUUAGAGGCCUCGGCCACUCGUCGUGAUGCUAAAGGCUACCUUCAAAAAUAUGCCCCUCAGUCCGGCGAGGAUGGCUCCAAGAAGCGCAAAGUUUCCAAGUCACAAGAGGGACCUGACCAAACUUAUUCGUCCGUUCGAGUCAUCAAUCAGGCGCCAAAGUUCAUUCAAGGCACUGAGUUCAAGGCCGAAACCGCCAUUCCAGAGGGCGAACCCAUCAACUUGGCGAUUGUCAAGAUACGCCUUCCACAGGAUGUUGACGAUGAGAUGCUGAGUGCUAUCGCCAAAACCCUGACCCAACUUAGGAAACUAGGACUCGUCAGUCUCAUUGUCCUCGACGGAGGACAAGUAUCGUCCCGAAAGCUUCUUCGGGAGCAAUCCUGGAGAGUCCAGCAAGCCAUUGAGACAUUUGGCGAGCCAGGUAGCAUUCUGCUCGACCAGUGCAUUGCCGAAGCUGAGUCGCAGACGGCACAAACAAAGGGGUUCAUGCCGUCGGGCGUUUAUAUCCAGCACCCGCACCUUCUGCUGCGAGCUCUGCGAGACAAUGCGAUUGUUGUUGUACCCCCAGUCACUAUGGCACACAACAUGAAGAGCAUCGACGUGGUGGACGCUGACGAAACCAUCAUUGCACUCACCAAAUUUUUCUGUGGUCUUCAAUUCAACGCCUCUGAAAGCCCCGUUGGAGCACCUGACUCCAGUCUCAGUCCUGGAGCCAAGGUUGCCUCAGUCGAAAAGGUCAUCAUCCUCGACCCAGCUGGAGGCACACCUUUGUCGGAUGCACAUGAUGAUUCGUGUCAUCGAUAUAUCAACUUGGACCAGGAAUUCGAGGGCAUCAUGUAUGGCCUCACACACCCUACAGGAUCAGAAGCACGGCGAGGUAAAUAUCCCGAGAAUGUGCGGCAGCUCCACGCUCGAAAUCUCGACCUUUCAAAGAAGGUGCUUGCGAUGUUGCCCUCGACUUCUUCUGCCAUAAUCAGCACCCCAUCGGCUGCAGCAAACAAGCCGAUCCAGCAAUUUACAAGCGUCACAACACGUAACCGGCAAAAUCCUUUGAUUCACAACCUGCUAACGGAUAAGCCCGUAUUUUCGUCAUCACUACCGCUCGACCGGGUCCGCUCCGGGAAGAAAGGUGACAUGGCGUCCGGCGAGACCCAUGUGGCAACUUUGGUCAAGCGCGGCAUGCCACUUACAGUCUAUCCCGAUCCUACAAUCAGUGCCUGGGUGCCACCACGGCCUGGCGGCCCGCGCCUGAGGCUCACAGACACCUGUAUAGACAUGCCACGACUGGUCAAUCUCAUUAAUGACUCCUUUAAUCGGGAAUUGGACGUUGAGCACUACUUAGAGCGUGUCAACGAGAACCUGGCCGGUAUCAUCAUUGCAGGCGAGUACGAGGGUGGAGCAAUCCUGACUUGGGAGAAGCCUUUCGAUCUAGAUGAAGAGACUGCGUACAAGACCGGUCGACUGGUUCCGUACUUGGAUAAGUUUGCAGUUCUCAAGAGCCGCCAGGGAAGUGGUGGAGUUGCAGAUGUGGUUUUCAACGCAAUGGUCAGAGGCUGCUUUCCAGAAGGCGUCUGCUGGCGUAGCCGACAGGACAACCCCGUCAAUAAGUGGUAUUUUGAGAGAUCUUUGGGCACAUGGAAACUCAAGGACACCAACUGGACCAUGUUCUGGACAACGCCACACCUCCCACUGAGCGACCCGAAGCUGUUGGAUUACGAGAACGUUUGUCGUUACAUUGAACCAUCAUGGGCAGACACAAAGCCGCCUGACUAA